AUGUCUAAGUCUGUAGAUGAAAUAAUUAGACUUUAUAAGCAAUAUGGUGAUACAAACUAUCUUGGUGAAGCUGUAACUAAAACACAACAUAGUAUACAAUGCGCUCAAAUAGCGGAGGCAGAGGGCAGUGAUAUUCAGGUAAUAAUAGGAGCUUUGCUUCAUGAUAUUGGACAUUUAAUUGGUUUAGAUGAACAAACAGCUUCUAUGGUUACCGAGGGUGAAGAUUUGGGUGCUAAAGACCAUGAUAUACUUGGUAGUGACUAUUUAAAACAGAUAGGUUUCCCCAGUAAGAUCUGUGAAAUUGUUAAAGGACAUGUUCAAGCUAAAAGAUAUCUUGUAUUCAAAUAUCCAGAAUACUACUCUAGAUUAAGUGAUGCCAGUAAGAUGACAUUAGAGCAUCAGGGAGGAAAUAUGAGUGAAAAUGAAGCCAGUCAAUUUGAGAACUCGCCAUUAUUUGAAACAAUCAUAUCUAUGAGAAGAUGGGAUGAACAGGCUAAAAAUCCUGAAAUACCAGAUAAUGAUAUAGAGAACUAUAGAAACUAUUUGCAACAAGUAAUAAAUAUGUAA